AUGUCACGUUGGACCGCACAGUACAACUCAGCUCAGCACUGUUCGGCACGUUGUAGCACAUCGCAACGUAAUACAGUACGCACUGGAAGACUGUGGAUGGCGGUUGGCUUUGGUUGUGGGGUCAUACAAAAAAAGGUCGGGGUCCAACGAUUGGGACCACGCGCACCAGACCACAGAGCGAUCGCCGAAACGAGUGCCGAGAGAGAGAGUGGAACGAUUGUCCGUGACGUUGGAUACGGCAAGGUGGUUAGAAAGGCAGACAGGCAGAUUCCGAUUUCGGUCGGUAUCGGGGUCGCCAUGGUCGACGUCUUCCCGAACCCUGCUUUUUGUAUUUUCCAAAAGAAAAAGGGUUUCGUUGCGACGAGAGUUCCGGGUUGUUGGCAAGGCCACCCUUCGGUUCCAACUCUAACAAGGGCAGGGGUUUCCCGGGACCCGGGACGUAGACCAGUCCCGCCGUACGGCGUCCCACGGGUUUGCGAGGCGUUCCCGUCCACAUUCCCGUUGGGCAAACGCCGGACGGUGUGGGGACCGUGUCGGCUCCCCCAAGAGUUCGAAUUCUGCGCGAGGCGUGGUGGUUCCGAUCUCUGCCGUAUUCGAGAGGAGGAGCUUACCGAAUCGGUAGGAUCCUACCGUAUCGAUCGUCGUUUCCUCUACAUGCCGUCCCGUGCAUGGUUGGGUUUGGGUGUGGCUGUAGGAAUGUGGAUUGUCGUCGUGGAUGUUGCAAUGGGACAAUGUGGGGCCGUACAGCCUUUGGUCGGCACGGUUCGAACGUUGGCACGCGUGGACGUGAUUUGGAAACCAAGUGUACCCAGCGGUUUGUAUCAUUCCCGCCCGUCGAGCUGGACUGCCGUAGUGAAGGAGAUCCCUUUGUCAGUUUUGAGCGCGGAGGAGACCCCAAUCGUGUCCGGGCGUCUCGGGGUUCCCCAAACACACUGGGCGUUUGGCGUGUUUUCCGAACUACCUAGCCAGGAGGGUCUCGCGGAGGGGGUGUGCCGGUGGAACGAACACGCUCGCACGGGAAUUUUACGGGACGCUCGACCACUCUUUCUCUCACUGGCACACUCCUCCCCACACCGCCGUCAACAACAACCUCCCCCCGAUACGGCAACAACAUCAGCAGUAGCCGGACGUUACCGGUACAGCAACAACAGCCCAUCCCCCCACGAAGGCCCGCCUUGGUCCGGCAUUAUGCCCAGCAGCAUUCACACGCUCGGUAACCACAACGCCUACUACCCCCAACAACAACAACAACAAUCAGCUUCACUGCAACCAGCACAAGCACAAAUACCGACACAUCCAGCAUCCCAAUUCGUACCACCGCAGUCGCACCAACAGCCCGUGAACUUUCACCCCCGUGACAUGCCGUCGGCAUCGGCGGCUCGUCAUCCCGCCGAUGCGGCGGGGUAUCCCUCCCGGCGGGUUACCAUUGGCGGAACCCAACAUCCCUCGACCCUUCCCGCACCGCCCCUACACAACGAUGCCGCUGGAGUCAUGGAUCGGCGUGGAUCCAUGGCAUCCAUGAAUUUCAACAUGGACGAUUUCUUCAACCGUAGACCCUCCAUGGGCAUGGACUCGGGAGGGAAUAUGGAUCUGCUCUUUGGGGCCGCUGCCCGACGAGGAUCCAUGGAUUCCACUUCCGCGGCACUCGAUGCCGCCAUACUCGAUCUGCAGCGCCGACGAUUCUCAGUGGCUGCCAUGGAAACCGACAACAACAACGCCAUGUCCUCCUUUCAACAACAACAACCACACGCGGCGGGUCCACCCAACGGCAACGCCAAUAACCACAACCACAACAACAACGUCAACAACGCCAACCACAUGAGUAGUAUUUCCGCACGUCAACACCAACUCCAACAACAACAACGGGAACUCGAACAACGCCAAAAGGAACUAGAACUACAACGACAGCAGUUGAUUGCCUCGAUGCAGGAACGCAACAUGCCCAUGUCUCAUCGAGGAUCUUACGGAUUUGGUGCCGGAGGCGGUCCGCCUCCCGGGCAUCACUACGGACACGGUACCGGCAGUCUCGGACUCGGGUCGGUAGGAUCGCACGGCUCGCACGGAUCACACCCGCAACACCCGCACAACAUGGCUCCCCACACGCACCGCGGAUCCACCGCCCCGCACCUUGGACUUUCCCUCAACAGCACCGGAUCCGGACCCGCCACCACACCACCCGCAUCCAACUCAUCACAGCAGUGGUGGAUCUGUCAAGUCUGCAAUUCGAAAGCCUUUGCUUCGCACGAAGAAGCCAUGACGCACGAACGCGUCUGCUCCGGCGCCAACGGUCCACACAACAACGGAAUGAUGGCCCCGCACCCGACCGCCUCCGGGAUGCCGUUGCCGCACCACGGCUACGGUGCCCACAACAACCCCCUCUCCAAUCAAGCCUUUUUCGACCACUCCCAACGAUCCGCCAUGAAUGACAGUCUCCACGGGGGACGCAACUUUUCUCUCGGCAUGGAUUCUUCCGCGGGGGCAUCCUACAAUAACCCAGCCAUGUCCAACGGACCCUUUGCCCUCAUGGAGAAACCCAUGCCCCUCGCGAUGGAAAGUGACAAAGACUGGUUGACCCCCCUGCACUGUUUUGUCCGUCGACAGUGCGUUGAGGUCUUCACCGCCACUCAAGACGAUGUUUCCACCCCCAGCAAGGGCAAACGCAAACCCAUACACGUCGGUCAAGUUGGAAUCCGCUGUCCCCACUGCCACGUACAAGACUCCUCCAAGGCACGCGAACGCGGUUCCGUCUACUAUCCCACAUCCAUUUCCAGUAUCUAUAACGCCACCAUGAAUCUCCUCCAACGCCACUUGCACAAUUGCAGUUGCGUCCCGGACGACAUUAUGCGACGAUACGAAACACUCAAGGCCGAUGACGCCCGCAGCGGUACUUCCAAACGCUACUGGGUCGAGUCCUCGCUAAGCUUGGGACUGGUCGAUACCGCUAACGGAAUUCGCUUCUCGGCCCUUCAACCACCGCCGCUCCCCUCGCUCACCAGUUCCCAGGAACGAUCCGGAUUUCACGCCGCCCGUCGCAAUUCCAACGAGUUCUUUUCCACCCAUUCCAACGCCAUGACGGAAUUGAGCGAAAAAUCGAAUCGCGCCAACAAAGACGGCGACGACGAACAUGGGGACGACGCUAUCGACCCGCACUCUGGGCCUGGUGACCGGGAUCCCAAUUUCAGUAAGGCCGAGCAAGACAUGGCCGAUUCGGCACCACUGGUGACUGUCGAGGAUAAACCUUACUCGACUUCGUUCUCCUACCAUUUGCUGUCCCAAAUGCAGCCAUGUCUCUUUACUGAAGCCGAUCGCUUGGGCAAACGCAAGGGCCUUCCCCCCGGCUUUCCAGGAUUGGCCUGCCGGCACUGUUUCGGUGGGUACGGUUCGGGCCGUUUCUUCCCUUCCUCUAUCAAGACGCUGUCGGAUACGAGCAAAACGCUCAACGUUUUGCACAACCACAUGAUGCGCUGUCGGAAGUGUCCCCCCGAAGUCCGCGAAAACCUGGAACGCUUGCGUGGGGCCCACGACGACGAACGCGCCAAAAUGAAAUUUGGAUCGCAAAAGGCCUUUUUCGCGCGAAUAUGGGAACGGCUACACGGUAAACAUUCCAGCGGAACGACGGCCGCGUUCAAACGCAAAGCACGGUCCAAUAACGUCAUUGACCGCGACGGUGCGAUGCCUGGGAAUCAUAUGGGAGGCAUGGGUCCGCCACCCGGUAUGGGUGGAGGGAUGAGUGGUGGCAUGGACCACGGCUACGGGACUUCGCCCCACAUGGGCAUGAUGCGGGCUCCACACGCCUCCGCGGCGUACCGGCAAAUGCCAAUCCCAAUGGGAGGUAACAGUGGCUUGGAAGCCCUGGCCCAAGCAUCCGAUCCCAAGCGUGCCAAGCUGCACUAA